CAUUUUUACCAUUCAUGCGGAGUUGCGCGGACGGAGUGGAGGUGUUGUUGCUGCCGGUGUGUUUGGACAAGAAGCUCCGGCCAAGGUUACUGCGGUUUGUCUCCAAAUUCAACUGGAUGAACCCCCGGGAAGUGCGCUGAGAGCAUGGCUACUCUGCAACAAAGGGAAACGCACAGACGGAAAGUUUAAGAGGAAAAGGGCUGUUGAAAUUCCCACUCCGAAACCCCGGGUGAACACAACUGAGGAGCGAUGCACUUCACUAAAUGGGAUUUGUUCUUGAUUUUCUGGUGGUUUAAACUCGUUUCCCUGUCGCAUUGUUUCACUGUUCAUAUCAGUGAGGAUGCGGGGCCAAGGACGGUGGUGGCCGGCGUGGAGCGGGGCGCACGGUGUACUUUGGAUCAGGUAAUCGCUCCCAAAUUCACUGAGAGCUUCAUUGACACUGACGCGGCGGCGGGCAUUGUGCUCCUGUCGGACUUUGUAAAUUGCCCCUCACUCCGCUCAAACCCCUUUACAAUCUACACUGUUGUGGACUGCACGGACCUGGAGGACGGGUCUGGCUACAGGCAUCUGCUCACCAGUCAGUACGAUGUGCAUGUUCACGGUAGGAACUGUUCAAACAAGCCCAAGAGGAAAUCUCAGUGGGAUAUCGACAUCCUCAGUUUGUUCACUUCCCACAGCCAUCACCAUGUAGAGUGCCACGAAGCUGGCUCUGCUUUAUUCAGAGUGGGGGAUCUGCUACCUGGCGCUCCGAUCCGCGGCCGGAUCCGCUGCACAGUGACCAAUAGCCGUGACUUUUACUUUUCCCAGGGGGAGUUGUUUGUGUCUGAGACUCUGUGCUGGAGACCUGAUACACUCCUGGAGCUUGACUUGCAUUGUGAUGAAUUCACCAGAAAAGGAGCGCAGCCGAAAGUUAACCGCAUCUCCAUCCACUGGCGUGUAGGUCAGGGCCCCUUCAGGCAGAGGCACCUGGGGAAGCUGCUAGAAAAGGCAGCCCACUCUGAUGCAGGCAUUGUGAGCAGCAGCAGGAGGAGGAGAGGUGUAAACAGCAGCCCCCAGUUUCAGCCCCCUAUGUACCAAGUGUCUGUGCCAGAGAAUAGGCCAGCUGGGACUCCUGUUGUUGUGUUGAAAGCAGUGGAUGUGGAUGAGGGAGAGGCAGGCAGGCUUGAGUAUUUUAUAGAGGCUCUGUUUGAUAGCCGCUCCAACAACCUUUUUGCAGUGGACCCAGUCAGCGGGGCUGUUUCCACUGUGGAGGUGCUGGACCGGGAGACAAAAGACACCCAUGUGUUCCGUGUGACUGCAGUUGACCAUGGCACGCCCCGGCGCACAGCCAUGGCCACUCUCACUAUUACAGUCAGUGACACUAACGACCAUGACCCCGUUUUUGAGCAGGAAGACUAUAAGGAGAGCGUCAGGGAGAAUCUAGAAAUAGGUUACGAGGUUUUGACUGUGAGGGCCACUGAUGGGGACGCACCUGUCAACGGCAACAUCCUAUACCACGUCCUCAACAGUAACGGCUCUAAUGAUGUGUUUGAGAUUGAUUCGAGGUCUGGGGUAAUCCGCACCAAAGGUCUGGUAGACAGAGAGGAGGUGGACGCCUACAUGCUGCUGGUUGAGGCAAAUGACCAAGGUCGUGACCCUGGCCCUCGCAGCACCACAGCGACAGUUCACAUUGUGGUAGAGGAUGAUAAUGAUAAUGCUCCACAGUUUAGUGAGAAGCGCUAUGUGGUCCAGGUGCCAGAGGAUAUGGCCCCAAACACAGAAAUCCUACAGGUUACUGCCACCGAUAAGGACAGAGGCAGCAACGCAGUCGUUCACUUCAGCAUCAUGAGUGGAAACACCAGGGGACAGUUUUAUAUUGAUGCUCAGACUGGCAAGAUGGACCUGGUGAGCCACCUGGAUUAUGAGGCCAAUAAAGAAUACACACUAAGAAUCCGAGCUCAGGACGGAGGGCGUCCGCCACUCUCCAACAUCAGUGGCCUGGUUACAGUGCAGGUGCUGGAUGUCAAUGACAAUGCCCCCAUUUUUGUCAGUACCCCGUUUCAGGCCACUGUGCUGGAGAACGUGCCUCUGGGCUACUCCAUCAUUCACAUCCAAGCUGUCGAUGCAGAUUCAGGUGAUAACUCCAGGCUGGAGUAUCGCCUCACUGAAACCACGCCCAACUUCCCGUUCUCCAUUAACAACAGCACCGGAUGGAUUGUGGUGGCAGCCGAGCUUGACAGAGAGAGUGUAGAUUUUUACAACUUUGGAGUGGAGGCCCGAGACCACGGCUACCCUGUCAUGUCGUCCUCGGCCAGCAUCAGCAUGACUAUUCUUGAUGUCAACGACAACAACCCCGAGUUCACUCAGAAGGCGUAUUACAUGCGACUGAAUGAGGAUGCUGCUGUGGGCACCAGUGUGGUCACAGUCUCUGCUGUGGACCAGGACAUCAACAGUGUGGUGACAUAUCAGAUAUCCAGCGGCAACACCCGGAACAGGUUUUCCAUCACUAGCCAGAGCGGGGGUGGGCUGAUAACGCUGGCGCUGCCCUUAGACUACAAGCUGGAACGCCAGUAUGUCCUCAGUGUCACUGCAAGUGAUGGUACACGGUUUGACACUGCCAAAGUGUUUGUAAAUGUCACAGACGCCAACACCCACCGGCCUGUUUUCCAGAGUUCACAUUAUACUGUCAAUAUCAAUGAGGACAGGCCUGUGGGAACCACUGUUGUGGUAAUAAGUGCCACAGAUGAAGAUACAGGGGAGAAUGCACGCAUCACCUACUUUAUGGAUGACAGCAUCCCUCAGUUUGACAUUGACCCCGACACCGGCGCUGUCACCACCCAGAUGGAGCUAGACUAUGAAGACCAGGUUUCCUAUACAUUAGCCAUCACAGCUCGGGAUAACGGCAUCCCACAGAAGUCUGACACCACCUACCUGGAGAUCUUAGUGAACGAUGUUAAUGACAACUCCCCCCGCUUCCUCAGAGACCACUAUGUGGGCUCUGUGAUGGAGGAUGUGCCAGUGUUCACCAGCGUGGUUCAGGUUUCUGCCACAGAUCGAGACUCCGGGCUCAAUGGGCGCGUCUUCUACACCUUCCAGGGAGGAGAGGAUGGUGACGGAGAUUUCAUAAUUGAAUCCACGUCUGGCAUUGUCCGCACACUGCGCCGGUUAGACAGGGAAAAUGUGCCCAUUUACAACCUGCAGGCGUUUGCUGUGGAUAAGGGUGUGCCUGCUCUGAAAACCCCAAUAAACAUUCAAGUGACCAUCCUAGAUGUAAAUGACAAUCCUCCUGUUUUUGAGAAAGAUGAGUUUGACAUAAUGGUGGAAGAGAACAGCCCCAUAGGCGUAGUAGUAGCACAUAUAUCAGCCACAGAUCCAGAUGAAGGCAGCAAUGCACAAAUUAUGUACCAAAUAGUCGAGGGUAAUAUUCCAGAGGUGUUCCAGCUUGAUAUUUUCUCCGGUGAACUGACCGGUUUAAUAGACCUGGACUAUGAGAUUAGAUCUGAGUAUGUCAUUGUGGUGCAGGCCACCUCCGCUCCCCUGGUCAGCCGCGCCACCGUGCACAUCAAACUCAUUGACAAGAAUGACAAUGUGCCUGUGCUCAAAAACUUUCAGAUUAUCUUCAACAACUACGUAACUGAUAAGUCAAGCAGCUUCCCCACUGGAGUAAUUGGGCGCAUCCCGGCCUUUGACCCAGAUGUCUCAGAUCAGCUCCACUACAGCUUUGAGAUGGGGAACGAGCUGAACUUAGUCCUGCUGAACCAAACCACAGGAGAGAUCCAGCUGAGCCAGGCUCUGGAUAACAACAGACCCCUGGAGGCAUCCAUGAGGAUUUCUGUGUCAGACGGGAUCCACUCAGUGUCGGCCCAGUGUCUCCUCCAAGUCACCAUCAUCACAGAUGAAAUGCUGUCCAACAGUAUCACACUGCGGCUGGCCAACACUUCACAGGAACACUUCCUGUCCCUGCUGCUCGCCCAGUUCCUGGACGGCGUGGCCCGUGUUUUGUCUGCCGCCCGCGAAGACGUGGUCGUCUUCAACAUCCAGGACGACACGGAUGUCAGCGCGCGCAUCCUCAACGUCAGCCUGUCUGUGGCCGUGCCUGUGCCGGGGGAGGGCCACCGGCCUGGAGGGCUAAGCCGGGGGAGCGACCGGGCCGGGAGAGGAGUCGGAGGAGGAGGAGGAGGAGGAGGUGCAGAGUUCUUUGGCUCAGAGGAACUCCAGGAGAGGCUGUACUUGAAUCGCAGCCUGCUGGCUCGGAUCUCCUCCCAGCAAGUGCUGCCCUUUGAUGACAACAUCUGCCUGCGCGAGCCCUGUGAAAACUACAUGAAGUGUGUGUCCGUGCUGAAGUUUGACAGCCUGGCGCCAUUUGUUGCUUCGGACACCAUCCUGUUCCGACCCAUCCAUCCCAUCGCCGGGCUGCGCUGCCGCUGUCCCACCGGCUUCACGGGAGACUACUGCGAGACGGAGAUCGACCUGUGCUACUCCAAACCCUGCGGAGCCCACGGGGUCUGCCGCAGCCGCGAGGGAGGCUACACUUGCGAGUGCCUUGAUGACUACACUGGAGAGCGGUGCGAGCUGUCGUCCCGCUCGGGGCGAUGUGCACCAGGGGUGUGUAAGAACGGAGGCACGUGUGUGAACCUGCUGGUUGGUGGCUUCAAGUGCGAGUGUCCGCCGGGCGGCUACGAGAAGCCCUACUGCGAGAUGACCACCCGCAACUUCCCCCCGCAGUCCUUCCUGACCUUCAAGGGCCUCCGGCAGCGCUUCCACUUCACUCUCUCCCUCACAUUUGCCACCAAAGAGCCCAACGGUUUGUUACUCUACAAUGGCCGCUUCAAUGAAAAGCAUGACUUCAUCGCCAUGGAAAUCAUCAACGAACAGAUACAGCUCACCUUCUCUGCAGGUGAGACCAAGACUACAGUUUCACCAUAUAUCCUUGGAGGUGUCAGUGAUGGCCAAUGGCACGUGGUCCAAGUCCACUAUUACAACAAGCCGAUCUUAAACCAGGCUGGCCUGCCGCAGGGACCCUCAGACCAGAAGGUUGUCGUGGUGACGGUGGACAACUGUGACACCUCUGUUGCGCUGAGGUUCGGUCAUAUGAUCGGAAACUAUAGCUGCUCCGCACAGGGUAGCCAAUCAGGAUCCAAAAAAUCUCUGGACCUGACCGGCCCCCUGCUGCUCGGCGGGGUCCCCAAACUCCCAGAGGACUUCCCCGUUCACAACCGCCAAUUUGUCGGCUGCAUGAAGAACUUGCGGAUUGACAACCAACACAUAGACAUGGCAAGCUUCAUCGCUAACAAUGGCACUCUGCCAGGAUGCUCUGCCAAAAGACAUUUCUGCAACAACAACCCGUGUGUGAACGGCGGGACCUGUGUGAACCUGUGGGGCUCGUUCAGUUGCGAUUGCCCCCUAGGAUUUGGAGGACAAAACUGCGAAAGGGUUAUGGCCAACCCGCAGCGUUUCCUGGGUAACAGCCUGCUGCAGUGGAGCAGUCUUGCGGCGGUCGUCCCUUUUCCCUGGCAUGUGGAGCUCAUGUUCCGCACUCGGCAGCCCAGCGCCACGCUGCUGCACAUCUCCGCUGGCCUGCAGCACAACCUCACACUACAGCUGCGUGGGGGGAGUGUGGUGAUGGGCCUGCACAGGGGCGAGGACUCCACCCUGUCCCGGGUGGAGGAGGUGCUGGUGAACGAUGGGGACUGGCAUCACUUGCAGUUGGAUAUUAGUGGCUCCGUGGCAACAACGACCCACCACAAGGCGAUGUUGUCAGUAGACCAUGGCCUCUACCUGGCCAGUAUGGAGGUGGAUGGAAAGCUGAAAGAAUCCAAGCUGAAGGCUGUGAGCGUUGGAGGUGUGAUGAGGGCUGAUGGGACAAUCCAGCAUGGCUUCCGUGGGUGUCUGCAGGGUCUACGUGUGGGCGGGGCUCUCCGUCUGUCUCAGGCCAGGAAGCUGAACGUCGAGGCGGGCUGCAGUGUGCCGGACCCCUGCGGCUCCAGCCCCUGUCCCGCCAACAGCUACUGCAGCGACGACUGGGACAGCCACUCCUGCACCUGCCUCACCGGUUACUAUGGCAGCAACUGCACCGAUGCCUGUUCAUUGAACCCAUGUGAGCAUGAGUCAUCUUGCAGCAGGAAGCCGAGCUCCUCUCACGGCUACACCUGCGACUGUCCCAGCAAUUACUUUGGACAAUACUGUGAAAAAAAGACUGACCUGCCAUGCCCCAGAGGCUGGUGGGGUCACAAGACCUGCGGCCCCUGUGACUGUCGCACUGACAAGGGCUUUGACUCCGACUGCAACAAGACCAGCGGAGAGUGCCGCUGCAAGGACAACCACUACCAUCCUGAGGGCAGCGACGCGUGCCUGCUGUGUGACUGCUACCCGAUUGGCUCGUUCUCCAGGGCGUGCGACAGGGAGACCGGCCAGUGCCAGUGUAAACCCGGUGUCAUCGGACGUCAGUGUGACCGCUGUGACAACCCCUUUGCUGAGGUGUCCCCUAAUGGCUGUGAAGUAAUCUAUGACAGCUGCCCUCAGGCCAUUGAGGCUGGGAUCUGGUGGCCCAGGACUAAGUUUGGUCUUCCUGCAGCGGUUCCCUGUCCCAAGGGAACUUUUGGCACGGCUAUCCGCCAUUGCGAUGAGCACAAGGGAUGGCUGCCUCCCAAUCUCUUCAACUGCACCUCCAUUACCUUCACCAAGCUGAAGGCCCUGUCUGAGAAGCUGUCUCGUAACGCGUCGCUCCUGGACUCUGGGCACGUCCAGCAGACUGCAGCCAUGUUGGCCAACGCAACCCUCCACACGCAGAAGUAUUACGGCAGCGAUGUGAAGGUGGCCUAUCGGCUCACCCAGAGCCUCCUGCAGCAUGAGAGCAGCCAGCAGGGCUUCAACCUCACCGCCACGCAGGACGUCCACUUCACUGAGAAUCUGGUCCGCGUGGGCAGCGCCAUCUUGUCUCCAGACACACGGCCGCACUGGGAGCUCAUCCAGCACACAGAAGGCGGCACGGCUGCCCUGCUGCGCCGCUAUGAGGACUACGCCAACACGCUGGCACAGAACAUGAGGAAGACUUACCUCAGCCCCUUCACCAUCGUUACCCCACAUAUAGUUAUCUCUGUGGACCGCCUCAAGAAAAUGAAUUUUGCUGGAGCCAAGCUUCCCCGGUACCAGUCCCUGAGAGGCCCCCGCCCCGCGGACCUGGAGACGGCUGUCACUCUCCCCGAUUCAGUCUUUGAACCACCUGUGGAAACCAGGGGCCACAGGCACAUGGAUAUCUUCCCAGAACCCUCGCCGAGGAAUCACUCAGGCACCAGGCGGAAGCGGCAUCCUGAUGACAGCCAGCAGGACGCCAUCGCCAGCGUCAUCAUCUUUCACAGCCUGGCCUCACUGUUACCAGAGAGCUACGACCCAGACAAGAGAAGCCUCCGGGUGCCGAAGCGGCCAGUCAUCAACACACCAGUGGUGAGCAUCACAGUGCACGACAACGACGAGCUGCUGCAGCACACGCUGGACAAACCCAUCACGGUGCAGUUCCGCCUCGUCUCCACCGAGGAGCGCUCCAAGCCCAUCUGCGUCUUCUGGAAUCACAGCAUACUUGGCGGUAACGGAGGCUGGUCGGCGAAGGGAUGUGAGGUGGUUUUCAGAAACAACACUCACAUCAGCUGCCAGUGCUACCACAUGACCAGCUUUGCUGUGCUCAUGGACAUCUCCAGGAGAGAGAACGGUGAGAUUCUGCCCAUCAAACUUGUGACAUGGAGCACAGCAGGUGUGACGCUGGGCUUCCUCUUCCUCACAGCGACCUUCCUCCUCUGUCUGAGAGCCAUGCAGUGCAACAAGACGAGCAUCAUCAACAAUGGAGCCACUGCCCUCUUCUUCUCUGAGCUCAUCUUCAUCCUGGGCAUCAACCAGGCAGACAACCCAUUUUUGUGCACAGUCAUCGCCAUCCUGCUGCACUUCUUCUACCUGUGCACUUUUUCCUGGCUCUUCCUGGAGGGGCUGCAUGUCUACCGCAUGAUCAGCGAAGUGCGAGACAUCAACUACGGGCCGAUGCGAUUCUACUACCUGAUUGGCUGGGGAGUGCCUGCUUUCAUCACAGGUUUGGCAGUCGGUCUCGACCCAGAGGGCUACGGGAACCCCGACUUCUGCUGGCUGUCCAUGUACGACACUCUCAUCUGGAGCUUCGCUGGACCCAUCGCCAUGGUCGUGUCGAUGAACAUCUUCCUGUACAUCCUGGCCUCCAGAGCCUCCUGCUCACUGAGACACCACAGCAUUGAGAAGAAAGAGUCCCGUGUCUCGGGCCUGAGGACAGCAGGAGGAGUUCUCAUCCUGGUUUCUGUCACGUGUCUUCUGGCGCUCCUCUCCGUCAACAGUGACAUGAUCAUCUUCCACUAUCUGUUCGCUGGCUUCAACUGUGUGCAGGGUCCCUUCAUUUUCUUCUUCCGCAUCGUCUUCAACAAGGAGGCAAGGAACGCCAUGAAAUACUGCUGCAGCCGCAAGCGUCCUGAUCAUAUGAUCAAGUCCAAGGCCUCGGGCUACAAAUGUAACUCCAGCUAUAUGGAUGGCCGGCUGUACCACCUUCCCUUUGGAGACUCCAGCGUGUCUUUGAACGGCACCAUGCAGAGCGGCAAGAGCCAGCAGAGCUACGUCCCAUUUGUCCUCAGGGAUGAUGGACUGAGUAACAGUCAGGCGCAUAUCGCUCUGAACGACCACGGCUCACUCUUCCAUGAAACUAAAGAGCACUUGGAUGAUCAUGACAGCGACUCCGACAGCGACCUGUCUCUAGAGGACGACCAGAGCGGCUCCUACGCCUCCACUCACUCGUCUGACAGUGAGGAUGAGGAGGGACCCUACCCUCCAGAGGAAUGCUGGGAAAGCCUGGCCUCCAACGUCGCCAAGAGAGCACACCCCCAUGACAACAACUUGACUAAGAUGUAUUGGCCUGGGGAGUACGCAGCGCCGGCGAGUGACAGCGAGCUGGGAGGAGCAGACAGAAUGAAGGUGGAGGGUCUGGCCAGCCCUGAGCCGGGCCUCAACCGCACGGCGCCAGAUGACAGGACGGGGGACAAGGACACCAUGACGCUGCUGCUGCCCAGUCUGCCAAACCUUAAUGCACACCCCCAGAAAGGAAUCCUAAAGAAAAAGCAGCUUUCUCCUAUUGUGGAGAGGAACGGGAUCAACCGCAUCCAUAACGAACUGUCUGAAAACGCCACGGGCCCGACCUCUCCACAGGGAUCGUCCUCCAGUGACGGUAGAGCCGGCCCAGCCAAGCCCAGCCUCCCCGAUCAGCUGAACGGCGUCGCCAUGAGCAUCAAGGCAGGGACGGUGGACGGGGACUCAUCAGGGUCGGACAGCCACCGCAACACCUCCAUGUGACCGCGCUGACGGAGGGGUGUGUCUUUGCAGGUCAUAGAGCCUCCUUCUUCGACAACAACCCUACUGCUUUCCACCGACUGGAAAAGCAAACUGUAUAGGCGGAGGCGCACAAGGGAGCACUGGACAUUCCUAACGCGGGAAGAGGAUGGUAUCCCCCCUCGUCAUCGUGGUCCUCUGAAGGAGUGUGUGUGAUGUGGCAGGUCAAGCAGUCUGUGUUAUGUGUGUGCGUGUGCUGUGUGUGUGUCUGUUGAUGUUCAUACAUGUGUGCCAAACCUCAGGAGUCAUUGCACUGGCCCAGGCUCAAGCACACUGAUAGAACGAGUCUCACUCUCCCUUUAAAGAAAUUGUUUUGUUUACAUACUUGAAGCAAUGCACUUUUUUUUUUAAUUUACACUGCCUGCCCAAGUUUGCUGGUAGUCAACUUUUUAAUUUUUUGUUUUUUGUUCCAGUUGAUAUAUUAUGUUUUGAAGACUAUGGAACAAUAAAGAAGUCAUUCUUUUUGGGGUGGGUCAUUGUAGUCGUAGAGAUGCAAACAUUCAGGGAAUUUCCUCUUCUUGCAUAACUAGUUUGUAAUGUCAUCACGGUUUGCCUGGAUAGCUUAAUGUGGUUACUCUUUUAUUAGAGGUGUUAGUGUUUGUGCUCAGAUGGUGCCAGUGUGAGGUUUGCUCCCCGUUGGAGUUCGGUCUCAGGUGCUGAAGUUACUCUGCAAGCCUGUAAUGUCCAAGGCACAGAACGGCCGAGUCAAGCUCGUUCACAGACUGUAUGCACACUGACUCCUGUCCCUCAUUGACUCGAAAAACAUUUCCAUCCAGAAGUGACCCGCCAUCACACUGUGAUGCACUGGAGGCAGAGGCUCUGCGUGGAUUUGAGGAUGGUGAACUGAACUUGAAACACUGAAACACUGAAGACAGAAUCACUGCAUACUGUGUCUGCCCAUCCUGGAUGCUCUGUAUAAGCUAUUUCUCAUUAAUGAAGGAUGUUUCCCAAGGCAACAGCUAAUCAUCACUCGUACAGAUGUGUGAGAGAGAGAGAGAGUGAUUGCCUUCUCCACUACUUAGCCUUCAUUCCCUCGCAUCACUGAACGGGGGAAACCUGCAUGCACAGACCUAUAAAAAAGACUCAAAGGACUUUUGGUACAUCACGUUUUUGUAAAUCACCGAGAGCCAAUUUUUUAUGGACAUGAAACGUGCUCUCAUUUUCCAAUGUGUUAUCCGAGGGAUGAAUGCUUUUGUUUGACUUCAGUGACUAAACAGCUGUAUUUUAUAGAUUAGCUAUGAAGCAUUUGUCGUUUUUGUAAAAUAAUGAAAUACUUGCAAAUUUGUGUUGUAAUACUAUUUGAGCUAUAUUCCAAUUUUACUGUACAGAGUGGCCUGCAAAGGAAACAAGGAUUUCAACAUAUCUUUAAAUGAAUCAUAUUGCAUAAUUGUGCAUAUUUCACACAGUCAGGUCCACAUGCCGACCGGGCCGAUGCGUCUCAACUUUGAGGGGUCAUUGUCGAUAUUAGGAGGAAAGUAUCUUAUAUCUGAGUUACUGCUACUACUUUCAGUCUAAUUUAUGUGAUGUUUGUGGAUGACUUUUUUUUUUUUACCAACCAUAUAAAUUUAAUGUACAAAUGUAAUUUUAUUGCGAUGCCACAAGCACCGACACUACCUAGUUCAAUCAUGACACAUUGAAAUCGACACCGGUAACCCAACAGAGGACUGUCUCUUUCACUCUGGUGCUCCUCUUGUUAGGGAUCAAACUGUUUUCUACCAUUUCCCAUUUUACCUCAAUAUCUGUGCCAAGUCGAGUAACAGCUAUCAUAUUUUUUUGUUUUUGUAUCUUUUUUUUCCCUGUAUAAUGUAUUUUGCAUUAAGUUCACAGCUGUUUGCUUAUACCAAGGUGCAUAAUGCUACAGUGCAUACAAGUAGGCUAAUCCAAAAUUUGCCAUGAAAGGGACCAGGCUUCAACCUCCGAAUUUUAGAAAUAGCAGACUGUUUGUUUACACAUACACGAGUGUCACAUCAAUCUGUUUUCACGCAGCUGGCGCUCAUAUUCAUUUACUAAUUUUUACUAUCAAACACUUAACUCCUCGCUUGACCUCCUGCUCUUAUCUGGUGUGUAAAGACUGCUCGUUAUAGCGCCUAGCAAUCAACCGCUUCAAAACCAAGAGCUGAUGUAGAUGACUGAUGUCAGAGCUUUAGUGAUACAGGGUAGGCUCUAGAAAAAUGGCUGGUAUUUUUCUAUGUGAAAUUACUUGGUGUAAAGGAUUUCACCCAAAUUCAUUGAAGUAAAAACAGACAGAUGUGGUUUUAACUGUUA